AUGCCGGUCUGCCUCAGACUCCCCGCCUACUACUACAUGCCGAACCUUGGAAACCACAACUGUUUUGCAUCGGAUCUCACCGGCACCUCUUUGGACUUCGCUUUCGCUCACGGCAACUCUUCAUCGGAUCUUCUCGCUUCCUUUACGGAACCCUAUCACCCGCUUCCUCCCUCGUCUUUCCCUGACGCCUUCUCGAACGGCGGCUUGGACGCCGCAUCGCUCGAUAUCUUUGACGGCCUACAAAACGAUCCGCUUCUGUUCGCGCUUGAUGGCGCAAACGCCGCAUCGAACUACUCCUCAGACGAAUCUCCCGACAACCUCUUCUCGCAACCUACUAUGUACAAUGAAUCCUUCCUCGCCGCUACCCUGAACCCCUUGCCAGACUCCUUCCACCCCUUUCCUGCCAGCAACGCUUCUUCCCGCCCGUCUCCGUACUCUACCAUCGAGUCGGCGUUCUCCAACGAUGCACCAGCGCGUGUCUCUACGUCUCCCGCGGGCUCUUCUGAUUCUGCGGGUGGCAAGCGCAAACGCGCAUCCUCCGGUGACGAGCCAGUCGACGGAGCUCUCGCCGACAAGCGGCGCCGCAACAACCUUGCGGCGGCAAAGUAUCGACAGAAGAAGGUCGACCGGAUCUCGGAGUUGGAGGAUGAGGUGAAGGAGGUGUCGAAGGAGAGGGACGACCUGAAGCUGCAGUUGGCACGCAGGGACGCGGAGUUGGAGGUUUUGCGGAAGCUGUUGCUGGACAAAAAAUAA